GGCACCGCCCCGGCCGGGCCUUUAUAGCGCCCGCCCCGGGCUGCUGCUGCCACAGCUCCGGCUGUGCUGUGCCUGGCCUCAUGCCCAGCUCCUAGGCUGAAUCAAAACAAAACAGAAGAGGAACAAAGUGAGAAGUUAACUAACACCAUGAAGCUAUUUAUCUUCCUCUCAGUAACCCUCGGCACUCUUGUCACGGGACUAGAUUCUGCUUACGGCAAGCAGCACUACAGACCAUCACAUAAACACAGGGAAUGUCACUGUCUGAAUGGAGGAACAUGCAUUACCUAUUACCUCUUUAGCCGAAUAAAUCGUUGCCUGUGCCCAGAAGGAUACAGUGGGCUUCACUGUGAAAUAGACGAUGACAGUAUAUGCUACACUGGAAAUGGGGAGAACUACAGAGGAACAGCAACUGAACGAGACUGUUUACUAUGGGAUCUUCCUUCAGUAAUCAAGAGAGGUGCUUACCAUGCUGACAUGAAGAAUGCUCUGCAGCUUGGACUGGGCAAACACAACUACUGCAGAAACCCAAAUGGAAGGACCAGGCCCUGGUGUUACACCUGGAGGGGAUUCUCCCUUCAAGAAACACCCUGCAACAUAGAUAAGUGUGAGCGCACAUGUGGUCAAAGAAGCAUCAGCAAGUACUUCAAGAUCGUUGGUGGAAGCCAGGCUGAGGUUGAGUCUCAGCCUUGGAUAGCUGGCAUCUUCCAAAACAUCAAGGGUGUUGAUCACUUUCUGUGUGGUGGCAGCCUCAUUGACCCUUGCUGGGUGCUUACAGCAGCACACUGCUUUUAUGAUCCGUCAAAAAGAAAACCAAGUACACCUGUAUACAAAGUCUUCCUUGGAAAGUCCAUACUGAAUGUUACUGAUGAAAACGAACAAGUGUUCGUGGUGGAUGAAAUCAUCUCUCACCCUGACUUUACAGAUGAAACAGGUGGCAAUGAGAAUGACAUUGCUUUGGUAAGAAUACGAACAGCUUCUGGACAGUGUGCAGUAGAAUCCAAGUAUGUCAGAACAGUCUGCUUGCCGGAGAGGAACCUUAACCUAUAUGACAAUACCCGGUGUGAAAUAGCUGGCUAUGGAAAACAGGAUUAUUAUGAUAUUUACUAUGCCCAAAGACUGAUGUCAGCCAGUGUUAACUUAAUAUCACAGAAGAAAUGCACAACUGAGUACUAUGACAGUAUCAGAGUUACUGACAACAUGGUCUGUGCUGGAGACUCCAUGUGGGCAACUGAUGCAUGCAAGGGAGAUUCUGGUGGCCCCAUGGUCUGUGAGCACAAUGGCAGGAUGACGCUUUACGGGAUUGUCAGCUGGGGAGAUGGCUGCGCAAAGAAAAACAAGCCAGGUGUUUAUACCAGAGUUACUAAAUACCUUAACUGGAUUGACUCCAAUAUGAAUGCAGUGUUCACCAAAAGUCGUUCUUUCGCUGAACCCAAGUGAUCUUUUUUCUACAUCUGGACUGAAAUGAACAGAAAGUCUGUGCUGAUGCCAGGACCCAAAAAUACUGACUGUCAUAAGAGUCUUUACUUUUAACUGCUCCUGUGGUGUGCCACUAACAUCGGUUUCUGGUGCAGAAAGACAGUUAGUAUUCACUCAGUACUAUGAAUUACCAGGAACCACUCUAUGGGAAGCUGAAGUAUUUAACAUUUAAAUGAGUAUUCCCAUGCACAGUACUAUACAUAUCAAGUUAUCUGUCUACUUAAUUUAUGAACUGGCAUUUGAUCUGGUAGUAUUGGUCAAGCUUUAACUCAGUUUACUUGUGUGCAUUUCAUACAUGGCUUCAGUCUAAAAUCUUUCCCCAUCACCCUGAACAGUGCUGAGUCAGACCUAAUGUGUGAACAGCAGUACUGAGAGGGUGACCAUGCUUUGCAUCAGAAUAUGCAAGAAAUUGUACCACCACUACUUAUCACUUAAUGUAUGAAGAAGGACCAAAGUCAACUCAGGCUGAAGCAACAGGCGGUAUACAGGGCUCAGUUCUGUAAACUUAACACUAAAAUCUUCAGGAUGACAACUGUAGCUGUGUUGG